AUGCGCCUUUAUGAGGCUCGAAGCCUCCUGAAGAACCACGACGCGGAACAGGAUAGGCUAUAUCGAGUAUCCUUCGUCCCCCAAACCUCUAUGGUGGACACGGGGGAUCAGAGCCCUGUGUUGUAUCCCGAUCAGUGUUUUUCUGGAAUGAGAGGAAGAUGCGCAGAGUGGGUCCAGCGAUGGCAUCAGCGCCAGUCCAUCGCUAGAUCGUCCAUGCGACCCGACAGAUGGAGGGUGGGAGGGAAAGAGAAAGAAAGGGAGGAUAAGAGAGGGGCGGUGAAUCUGGAGCCGGUGAUGACGGGAGGACUUGAGCAUGCUCUGGUGGCCGAGAGCGCACACAGCAGUGAAGGUCGACCUUCCCAUCACCUGCGGGGUCAUCAUCGAAAUGGUGAACCGUCAGUGCAAUUCAUAAAGCCUGUCGUCGGUUACAGAGGCGUCACUCUCACUUCAUGCCAAACGUCACCGUCGCUGUCACACGUAAGGACUGUCAGAUGUCAGAAAGAGAGUGCUGGUAAUUCAGUACCCAAAGAGUUGAAGAUGAUGGACACACAGCGUGCUUUGCUGGCAGUGGAGCGGCUGCAGGAGAGGCUGAAGAAGAAGGGAGAACUGCCUGCUGAGGAAAAACUCAGUCUGCUCAAGAGUGUCUUACAGAGUCCCCUGUUUCACCAGAUACUCAUCAUGCAAGACACCGAACAACAGCAUCAGCAACAACAGGUUUUUCCCAGAAUGCCUCUGUCUCAGUCAUUGAGUGAUGAUGCAGAUGUUGUGAGCACAUCCCACCCCUCAUGCACUCUGAGGUACAGAGACUCCUACCUCUCAGCCCAGCGGCGCAAUGACCGAUGUCAAUCCUCCAAUCAUGCGACUUUUGACCCUUGCAUCACAGAGGACAUUUCACUGCUGCAGUCCAUGGCCCAGGGUCGGUCUGUGCUUAGUUUUGACCUGGACAAGGGUGAAAGUGCUUUAGGCAUCAGCAUUGUUGGAAUGGAGACUGAAGGCUGUGGAGGUCUUGGUAUCUUCAUACAGAAGAUCCAGCCGGACUCUGUAGCACACAGUGAUGGACGUCUGCAUGAGGGUGAUCAGAUUCUAGCAGUGAAUGGCAAGCCGUUUGAAUCCUCUGUAACACAGGAACAAGCUGUCCAGGUUCUUCUGGAAGCUGCUUCUGUGGUAACCUUAAUUAUAGCCAGGGAACCAGCCCCAUCAUUCAGCCCCCCACAGCCUCGACAAAUUCAUCAUAUUGAGCUGCAGAAUGACGGAUCGGGUCUGGGCUUCGGCAUCGUUGGAGGGAGGAGUACUGGCACCAUGGUAAAAACCAUCCUACCUGAUGGUGUAGCUGGAAGGGACGGGAGAUUGCGUAGUGGUGAUCUUCUCCUCAGAAUCGGUGGUGUGGACGUGUCCACCAUGGGCAGUGAGGAAGUGGCACGUGAGCUCCGUCUUGCUGGUUCCCGUGUGAGACUUAUCAUUGCCAGGGAAACCACUGAUGGUGACCUCUCACCUUCCAUCGCCCAGCAACAGGACACUCAGAAGAAACAGGGUUUAGUAGAGAAAAGGGAAAAAGAGUUCGGUGUCAGAUUCAGAAACAACAAGAACAGUUUAGGCAUCAACAUCUCCAAAUCUCUGGAUAACCUGGACAAAGAGUCCAGCGGGUUUGAAAUAAAGAGCAUACUGAAAGGAAAUGCAGUGAAUCAGGAUGGACAAAUUCACACCGGAGAUCACAUUAUUGCUGUGGAUGGUCAGAAACAGAAAGCGGAGGAGAUUCUGCACACGACUGGCCAACAAGUGGAGAUCUCUCUUCAGAGAAAGGGCUCACCAUCUGGAACACAGACAACCCCCACAACGUCCACAAUCUCUCAGAGACCCUCAACCCUUCUGGGGCUCCUUCCCCCUCCGCUGCCUGCAUGUCUGCCAGAGCCAAAGCCAGUCCUGCCCCCAGGGAAAGUUUUCUACACUGAACGCCGGGACCUCAACUUCAACAGAGAGUGCAUUGAGUCAAGGCGAAGCUGUUAUUUAGAGUCCAACAUGGAGAACAGAAACCAGUCUUCAUUUUGCAAACUGUCUGGUGAAGAGGAAAUAUUGAAGGAGAAGUGGCAACGCAAACUGGGUCCUCAAUAUGAAAUCAUGGUGGCCCAGGUACAGAAAUUGACUGAGAGCAGUGGUCUUGGUGUGAGUUUGGAGGCUAAGGAAGGUCAUCACUAUAUCUGCUCUAUACUGCCAGAAGGUCCGAUCGGACAGACGGGAAUCGUUCAUCCUGGAGACGAACUGCUAGAGGUGAACGGCUUCUCUCUGAUUGGUGAGACACACAAGGAAGUUGUGAGCUUGCUGAAGGAACUUCCCGUGAAUGUUUGUGUGGUUUGCAGUCGUCUCGUCCCACCCACAGCCAGUGAUGAAGAUGACGAUGAUGGUGACGAUGUACAACUCACCCUCAAGGAGCUACUAGCAGAAUUUAAUGAAAAGGCCGAGCAAAACUCGUCUGCACACAGAGAGGAUGAAUGGAGGACAGAGGCUCCUAUGCUUUCCCAUCAGGCCAUGUGGGAGAAUGAGAUUCAAGUUUAUGAGCUGCAGAAAGGCGAUUCUGGUCUGGGAUUCAGUAUACUAGACUACCAGGACCCCAUGAACCCAGGGCAUACUGUGAUAGUGAUCCGCUCUCUUGUAGCAGGCGGUUUGGCAGAAAGAGAUGGCCGCUUGUUGCCAGGCGACCGGCUGAUGUUCGUGAACGGGACUGACUUGAGCCACGUGAGUCUGGAUCAGGCCGUUCGCGUCCUGAAGAGCACUGCUUUGGGCAUCGUACGCAUCGGAGUCACCAAACCCUUAACGAAGAAUGAGACUCAGGACGCAGGAGCUGAUGUAACCGUCAGCGGCCACUCCGAACAUUACAACCAGCACGGCACUUUGCAGGCAAAUUCCCACUCUCAGAACAGCACGAUGGAGGCUGACGCCAAACACGUCUCCAUCCCCUCAAGUGGCUAUGAGAGAAGCAUAACUAUAGUCAGGGGAAACUCCAGUCUGGGUAUGUUAACCCUGUUCAUUACACUCUUGCUGUCUGUCUUCUUAUUCAUCCUCAGUAUGUUUCACGGAGAGCUGAACUCUGUGAGAGACCUUAUCAAUGAAGAAUCCACCACCAACCUGACCAAUGCACAAGCCAGAGCUAUGCUGCGCAGACAUUCACUGAUCGGACCUGAUCUCAGCGUGACGUAUAUACCUGCUGCCUUCCUGGACAUGCACAGAGCCAGCUAUGGCCAAUCAAAAGAGGAAAUGGAAACACACAGAACAGCUACCGUCCAACCCAAGCACUCACAGAACCUGCCUUUCAAACCUCUAGAAUGCAUUUCUGAACAACAAAGUACAGUGGACGGUAAAGGAGUGAAUGGGAAGACUCAAGCUGAAGAAGAGAAUGAAAGAACAGAUAACCACAGUCAAGUAAGACUAAGAGAGAGCGAUGAAAGACUGGACAGAGACAAAAAGGUGAAGAAUGAAAGAACGGUCUUGGAGAGUGAGAACGGACAAAGACGAGGGAGAGAAAAAGACAGACAAAAAAAAGAUGAAGAAGAAACACACAGGAAGGAUCGUAGCUCAUGGAGUCAGCCUAGAAGAGUCACAUUAUUCAGGGCUGGGGCCACGUGUCUUGGCUUCAGUGUGGUGGGGGGUCGUGGUAUGGGCAGUCGACUCAGCAAUGGAGAAAUGAGACGGGGCAUCUUCAUAAAACACAUCGCAGAGGACAGCCCAGCUGCAUGCAACAGCACUCUGAAAGAAGGAGACCGAAUUCUUCAGCUUUCAGCUCCUGACAACUGCCCUGAAGAUGACAAUGCAUCAAAAUCAAAUUCUCAAAAUCAUCAGGAGCCCGAGAUCCCCAAUAAUCUCUCCCCAACCUACCCCUUCAGUCCCAUCCCCUUUAAGCGAACAGAAGACUGGAAGUUGGGGAAGCCUCCACAUGUAGCUCCCCCACUCCUGAAACUGCCCUCUAGGCAAGUCGAGACAGAAACAGAUGGAGUGCAGCGGGUUCCAGAGAGACCACCGCUGCCAGAAGAGGGUUCACAUCAUCACAGCGAGCAGGAGCAGGCCUCUUACUGGAGCCGCAUGCAGCAGAGGUAUGGCAGUCUGCCUGGAGAGCUGCACAUGUUUGAUCUGGACUGUGGCUCUCACGGCUCUGGACUGGGAUUGUGUUUGUCGGGAAACAGAGAUGGAGCGCGUGGUAGAAUGAGUGUGUACGUGUCCGAGAUCAAACCGGACGGGGCUGCUGCCGCAGAUGGUCGGGUCAGAGUGGGAGAUGAACUGCUGGAGAUAAAUGGACAAGUGCUGUAUGGACGCAGUCACCAGAACGCAACAGCAAUCAUCAACAACACUCCGGCUAAAGUCAGGAUUCUGCUCACAAGGAAUAAAGCUGCACAGAAACAGAUGACUACAGGACCAGCAAAGGAGAUGGACAACUGUCCUGUUGUAUCUCCAGCUAUGCAUAUCAACAUGAUCAGAGAAGGUCAACAUUCAGUAUUAUUGCAGGAUGGAAGGAUCAGCAGAGAGGAUAAACUGAAGUCUCGUUCCUCAGAGAGCCUCAACAUUGGUCUUCCUGCUCCAAUCAAUGCCACAUCCAAUCAUAAGCCCUCCUGUCAUCCUGCCAGUCACAUGUCUCCCAGCCACUGUACGCCUCCAUCAUCUGGUGUUUCAUCAGCUGAUGACAGGAGCCGCUGCGGCCCCACAGCCAAUCAGAGCUCUAGCACAGGGCCUCACAGCACUUCUUACUUGGCCCAGGGUUCUGUGAGCUCUGACCCCCUAACAAGUCCAAUCAUAGCUGGCUGUAUAAAUACCAUCGAUAUCUGCAAGGGCACUGCGGGGCUCGGCCUCAGCAUAGUAGGAGGCUGCAACACAGUGCUGGGCGUAAUAGUGAUUCAUGAAGUGAAUAAGGAUGGUGCGGCACACAGAGAUGGUCGGCUGUGGGCUGGAGAUCAUAUACUAGAGGUGAACGGCAUUGAUCUGAGAAUGGCCACUCAUGAGGAGGCCUUGAGCGUCCUGCGCUUGAGUCCGCAGCGUGUGCGAUUGUGCAUCUACAGAGACCCUGGGACAGAAAACCACUCCACACACACCCUCCAGAACCACACACCCGAGGACAUGUGGGACCUCUUCAGUGUGGAACUGAACCUCAAAACAGGACAGGGACUGGGGCUUCGCAUUGUGGGUAAAUGGAAUGAUACUGGAAUCUUCGUGUCUGAGAUAACAAGGGGAGGGGCUGCAGACUUGGAUGGAAGACUGUUGCUAGGUGACCAGAUUUUGUCUGUGAAUGGAGAGGACAUGCGAGCUUCAUCACAAGACGAUGCAAGCGCGCUACUGCAGAGCUGUAGUGGGCCUGUGCUGUUGGAGGUGGCUCGUUUUAAAACUCCAUCACACUACUCAUAUGGAGAUCAGGUGGGCGAGCUGGACGUCCCUCUUCUCUCCUCUUUCAGUGCAUAUGAUUCUGUGGAUGGGAACGUGGACAUCAGAACUGUCAGCGUUCAGAAGCAUGAGUGUGAGUCUGUGGAGUUGAGAUUGAGAGGCACACAGGGAGAUGGAAUGAUUUAUAUCUCCAACCUGGACCCGACCACAUCCGCAGCGCGUGCAGGACUUCUGCAGCUGGGUGCCAGGGUCAUCAGCAUUAACGGUACAUCAACAGCACGUCUCUCAGUUACUGAGGCAAGUGCUGUCCUGAGAAACAGCAUCGGAGCCGUCACACUGCAGGUGAUGCCAAGUGGCUGUGCAGAUGGAGCUCGUAAAGAUCAGGCAUCUUUAAUUCACUCCUCACCUGGAGGACACACUACCCACAACCACCAGAGUUCUCCUCAGUUCCAGACUAUCACUCUUGAACGUGGCGCUGCUGGGCUUGGCUUCAGUAUUAUAGGAGGAUUUGGCAGUUCCCAUGGUGACUUGCCAAUCUAUGUCAAGAGCAUAUUUCCCAAGGGAGCUGCGGUGGAGGACAGGCGUCUGCGUCACGGUGAUCAGCUGCUGAAAGUAAACGGACAGAGUCUGCAGGGUGUCACUCAUUCUGAAGCUGUCGAGCUCCUUAGACAAACCAGCGGGACGGUCACUCUACACGUACUCUCAAAAACACCACCAACAUGCUGAUAAUGUCACAGUCCUGUCCAGAUGGUUUGCAUAGACCUCAAGGAGCAGAUUGUCAGACACAGAUGGAGAUUCUACAAGCUGUAUUUAUCAAAAAGCAAAAAAAAAAAACUCCCAAAAUGUACUCUUUUCUAAUUGCAAAAGUAAUGUGUAAAAGUGGGAGACGCCAAUAGAGACUAGUGCUAAACCAGUGGUUCUCAACCAAAGGGACUGCAGGAUGACUUCAAGUUAUUUAAAUUAUAAUUAUUA